AUACCAUCAAGUACCGUACCUGAAUUCUAUCAAUUUUAAUAUAUAUCUCGAGUGAAAUAAGAAUUUAAUAUCUGGAGUGAAAGGACAAAAUAAUGUAGUAUCUGAUGUAUUUUUCAUGGGUUACUUGAUCUUUUGUGAAUGAGUGAAGGGGUAGACUACUAGUUUAUUUAUUAAACAAUUUAAAAUAUCUCUGAUGUAUUAGAAAGAUGCAUCUUCCCAGUGUUACACCUCUAUUGAUCACAUGUUUCUUAACAAUUGUUCCGGGGGAAUGGGUUGAAAUACCCGCCAUAUCUACAUCCAACUUUGACGAGAAUAAUUCAAAAACAUCCUACUCAAGUAGCUACAGACCCGGGUACAACAAGACCUAUGUUUUUGAAAGGGUAGUACUGAGACAAUCUCCUACAAGAGAAACGGAACCCACGAUUAAACUCACAACAGAUCCACCGUCAAGAUUAUCGAUUAGAAAUAAUUUCUACAAAAAUGAAGAUUUGUUGGAAAUGAAUCAUUAUAUGACUGAAGAUUCUUCGGGAGUUUUAAAACCUCCAAAAGUUUUAUCAUCCACUGUACCACCACAAAAAAUGUUAUCAACUCUAGAACAAACUUUGAAAACUUCACCACAAUUUACAACGACUCCUACUUCAAAAAUAUCAUCUACUACCCCUUUACCACCGAAAAUAAUAUCCUCUACUCCAUCACCACCCCCUUCAGGAAAAACGGAGAAAAAUAGAGUAAAAGAGAGCUCAAAUUUGAGUUUUCAAGGACUCCCAGGCUUACUGUUCACCACAAGAAUGAAAGAUAUUAUAAUGGGAGUACAUAAUACCCUUAGUAGACAACCAAGCCAGACUAUAAGAGGAAAGCUGAAGUAUUUGGAAGAAAUAAAGAACAAUUUGCUGAAGAAUAUAUGGGAACGAAGUAGAAUUUUGUGGCGUGGGAAUUCAAUAGACCGGAGUGAUGCUCGCUCUAUGAGCUACUUUCCGUCGGGUGGAGGUGAAGGACCCUUAAUCACCAUAGCUCUAUUGACGUUUGCUGUUUUCCUGAUUAAGAUCGUACAGCAAUUCAUCCAGGGCCUCCAGGGAGCUGCGGCCGCCAACUCGGUCCAGAUGCAGGCGGCACAGGCGGGUGGAGGGGGGAGGGUGAAGAGAUGGGCUGAUGACCGUUUAGAGCAUGCUACAACUUUGCUGCACUACAUGGAACGAUAUAAGUUCCACAAUGAGUUAUGAAGUAUCUUGGAAUACAAUUGAGCAGACAGUGGGGUGUUUCUGAAUGCUGGACUAUUCAAGCCUAGAUCAUGAAUUGCAUGGAGAGUGGAGAAUGUUAUUUGUUGCUCCAAUAAAUACACAUUUAUACUUUGUAACUC